GGGAGUGGAAAAUGGCGGAGAUUGAUGGAACUGAGCCGCUGUUGCGUUCGUAAAACGCAUAAAACCAGUUUUUGAUUGUUUCUGAUUUCUUUUCCGUCAAAUCUCAUGUGAUAAAAAGAUCAUCCGCUAUGUGCAUUGCUCCCGUUGAAACCGUCAACUGGCCGUAACAAGACUUGAGGUGCCUUUCCUUUCGGUUCCGAGCCCUAGGUCCAGCUAACCAACCUUCAUACAUCCAGCUGUCCUGCCCCAUGGACCUGACGUCAGCAUCGGGCUUGAAAAGGAGGCUUGCCGCCUCCUGCUCACCCACCGCCAAAAGAGAGAUUGUCAGAAGCCCCCCUCGUCGCUCACCCUCCUUGUCUCGAUCAUCUCCAUCCUCUGAUCAGUCCUCACCCUCAUCGACAUCAUCCUCUCCCUGCGCUAACUCGGCAAUUUUUCAGAACCAUGGUCAGACUUGUGGGUCCGAACUGGUGAGGGUGUCUUCUACAUCCAAAGCCACCUUUGCGGAAUCCUUCCCUCGCAGUUUAUCACAGUCAGGUGUGAAAGAAGGUCAGAAAAAGGAGAUCUAUGAUCCCUUCCAUCCGACCGAGGGGGAAAAAGAGGGAAAGACCGAGGAAGAUGAAGGAGAGAAGUACGAUCCGUUUGAGCCGACCGGUUCGCCAGCGUCGGAUGACGAUGACGACGGAUGCGGCAAGCUAACCGAAGACCUAACGGGAGGAGAAAUUGACGAGGAGAAAGAAGAGGAGCCUCCAGACUCCACUGACCUUUUCAGUGACCCACCCAGCCCUCCUCCGUCAGCUGCCCAACUCCCUCAUAGAAGACGAGUUGACUACAGCGCCAGCAAAAGUCGAGUUAAGAGAGAGCGGGCUGAUUCGGACCACUCUGAGAUUGAAGAGGGGGAGAUUGUUGUGGCCAUUGAGAGAGGUGUGGGCGGCAAGAGAACGGCCCUGAACUCUCCCAAGAUCACCUUUUUCGAUCCCAAACCAGAACGCAUCCUCCGCGUUUUAGAUGGGGAUGGCUUCGUGUCUGUAUGCGCCGAUAGUAACUGGGAGGUGGACAGGGAGACGGAGGAUGAGCCCGUCGUUGGAAUGGAGGAUCUCCGAAGGAAAUUGGUCAGCAGGAGGAAGGAAAGAUAUCUCGCCUUUCCGAGUUCGUCCCCACUCCCUUCCCAGCUUCCCCCUUCUCCUCCUGCUGACCCGAGACCUUCUUCCUCUCUCGCCCCGACCGCUGAGCAAGCAAGCGCCACUCGCAAUUCCUCCAAAGGUUCCAAAGAGCACAACCGGCAGAGGAGCAAGGAUAAAAAGGCUCGGGAGAAAGACGAGAGGCGAAAGAAACGAAGGAAAGACAAGGAGGGAGAUGGAGAAAGGAGCCGAGACAAGAAGCCCGGGGACAAGAGCGAUAAGGAGGGGAGAAGGAGAAGAAGCAGCAGAAGUAGUAGUCAGAAGAGAAAGAAGACGCACCACAAUAGCCCCGAGACAUCACAAUCGCACAGCUCCUCCCGACGAGACAACCACGGCAGAGCCUCCUUCUCUAGCCCUUCUGUGGAACGCCAUCGAGAGCGGGAACGAGAGAAAGAAAGGGACCGCGACAGAGGUCGAGACCAAGACAGAGAUCGGAAGAACGAACGAGAUCGACGCAGAGAGAGCGAGCAAAGCCACGCCGUCGCCCAGAGAAGGCACGAAAGCGAUCGACCAAGAAAGGAUGAGAGGAAAGGAAAGGAGGGACUCUUCCGUUCAAGCAGUCGAGAGCGGGACGUCUCCAAGCGGCCGAGAAGAAGCAGGGAGAGAAGAGAGGAGGCCCGAGAGCGGGAACGUCGCCGCGACGGGCGUCCUGUUGUCCCGCCGUCUAUUCAGGACCUCAAUGGUUCUGACCUCUUUGCUAUUAAGCGAACCAUCACGGUCACCACCACCACAACCACCACCACGGUACCCGGCUCCCCUCUCCUCACUCAAGCCUCUCCGCGUCGGAUCGUGCAGGACUUAGACGUGCCCCACAAAAGGAACAAGAAGAGACGAUGGCACUCGGGCGGGGAGGAGACGGAGCGGCAACCUUGUCAUAGCCGAUCGCAGUCACCGUCUCCUCCGCGGUAUCACCGAUACGAGUCAGACGGCUAUCGGGAUAAAUUAGACACGUUGUCUUUAGACGGCGAGGCUUUGGACUCGGACUACCCGUCCUUGGAAGAUACACCUCCAGCCGCCUUGCCCCCGGACCCACCCGUCCCCAGCCCCAAAUCGAAAACGGCCUCAAAGACCGAGCGGCGUCACCCCAAAAAGAAAGCUCGCACAUCGAAGAAAUUGACUCAGUCGUCGUCGUCGUCCUUCUCUUCUCCUAAAACCAAAAGCAAAUGCCAAGCUUCUUUGUCGGUCACGUCAGAUUCUGCUCCUGCCCCAACGACAGGCAAGACAACCAGGAAGGUAGGGAAGGACAAAGUGUGGGACAAAGACGUCAAAAAAGCUUUGGGACGUUCGGGCAAAUCCAAGAAAGAGAGCAGCGCUCGCAAAAGCAAACUUCAGUCCAAAGUGUCCGUGUUGGUGCGUGAGGGUGUGAGUAGCACCACCGGGACCUCAAUCGGCUCUGGGAAGCUGGGUAUGGACCUCCUUGGCCCUGGAGGUACAGGAGGAGCUUCGGGAGGCUCCGUGGUGGGCGGUUCCAUCGCUGUCGUCUUCUGUCGAGAUAACGAGAGCAGAUCGCCCUUUCUGAAACCUUGCACUGAGCCGAUGUCGGUCGGAGUCCGCCAUAAAGAUCUGGCAAGUAUGGGCAAGCGAAGCGCCCGAGCAGCACCGCCACCCCCUUUGACCGUGGGAAUGAAAUCAAAGAAGACUAAGCCCGGCUCCAUCACGUCCACUUCCUCCUCUACCCCUUCCCCUUCGUCAACAUUGGCAAACAAGCGUCGUCGGCGCUUGGUCAAGAAGGUUCGUGAAAAAGCCGGCGUAUCAGACGUGGCCAGCGGAGACGGAAGCCAGUCAAAAGUCACAUCCGAAGGCUGGAGCGGAGCCUCGCAAGAGCUUCUCUCCACUGCCGAAGAUGGAGGCAAGCCCGUCAGUCCGCACUCUGGUCAAGCGGGCCCUGCUCCUUGUUCGUCAUCGUCUUCCACCUCGUCCUCCUUUACCAGCGUGCUCCCGCCUUCCUCCCCACCACCCCGUACACCCCCGCCUUCCGCGGCUCCCUUGCGGGACACCAGGGAGUCUUCACCGGACUCUCAGACGGUGGACAGCAGCUGCAAGACCCCGGAACCGUCUUUCCUCGCCGACGACUGCCCAACUCAGACCAGCCCCGCUCUUCCGCCGUCCAGUCCGCCCAGCCCGUCGGCGGCGCCCCAGGGCUCCACCCCCACCACCUUGCAGCCCGCUUCCGACAGCGCGCCCAAAUCGGCCGCCUCGCCUCCUUCGCCGUCGUCGUCGGCCGGGGGCGUUCUCGGGUCCCUUUCUCUGUCUUCGUCGGACCCCUCUUCCUCCUCGGUGUCGUCGUCGUCCGCCGGCAAGCCGCCUCCUCCGCCGCCGCCUCCUCCGGCAGCUCCCGUCCUCCCGUGGAGUCUGCAGACGGGGGUGGACUGCACCACCGGAGGGGUUCUUGCAUUAACUGCACUACUCUUCAAAAUGGAGGAGGCAAAUAUUGCCAGCAGAGCGAAAGCACAAGAAUUCAUCCAAGCGACCAGCCAGAUCCUCUCGCAAGCAAACCAGAGUCAGUCUCAGGCUCCAUCAGCUGCCUCCUCCCAGAUCCCUCCUCCCCCUCCCACCUUACCCCCGCCGCCCGCAUUGAGCCCCGCACAGUUCAUCCUUCAAAGCUCUCUGCCGUUAGUGGCUUGCACCAAAACUCCGCCCUCCCACCUGCACCCCAACCUCGGCGGCGGAUGCGCACAGACACCCCCACCCGUCAUGCCCGUUGGGCUGCCAGGAUUCACGGGGAACUCCGGAGACGCUUUUUGGGACAAUGAAAGUAAAGACCCUGACAAGUACCUGAAGAAGCUCCACACCCAGGAGAGGGCAGUGGAGGAGGUGAAGCUCGCUAUCAAACCUUUCUAUCAGCGCAAAGACAUCAACAAGGAUGAAUACAAAGAUAUCCUCAGAAAAGCUGUUCACAAGAUCUGCCACAGCCGCACCGGAGAAAUCAACCCGGUCAAGGUCAGCAACCUUGUGAAGCUGUACGUCCAGCGCUACAAGUACUUCCGGAAACACGGACGCAAAAUGGACGAGGAAGAGAAGGAUGACAAGGAGCAGGGUGGGACUUUUUAAAAUGUGAUCUAACUCUUUUCACUGUCUCAGAUUGAAAUCGGAGUCUUAAGAAAGUGUUUUAGCGUUUCUCCGGAGUCCCGACGCGCUCCCGUCAACGCCAUCGUUUAGCGUAAUCGCUGACCUUUUAGGUCCGUUUUUUUUUUCUUUUCCUUCCCUAGUCUUGGCCUUAAGACAAUAUCAAACAUGUUGGAUAUUAUCGGAAGUCUUUCCGGUCACGUGACACAGGCAGCAACCAAUAGAUGAGCUCGAACAAAACCAGAAACGGGAAACAAUCAUGAGAGCAAAGGAGAAACACCGAUAAAAAUGUAACGGUCCAGAACACUAUGUCUAUGUAUCAAUAUUUAUCUAUUAUAUACAUACACGAACCAUAUUUUAUUUGUUUUUCAUCUCCUGCACAAACUUGCUCUGUCGCCAAAACGAUCCGAUUGUCCAUUUUGUAGGAUUCCACCAAGAGCAUGACGGGGAAGCAGAAUGCAUUGCGCCAAACAAAAUGCCGAAAGGAUCUUGUAAUAAGUGACCAAGAGAAAUUCACCGUCUUUUAAAAAUCUCUUAAGACUAAAAACUCGUUUAACUUGUUUUUAAAUCUGAAGAGGUGGGAGAUGAUCGUCUUUCGAGUGUAUUUCCCCCCCCCCCCAAAUCUCUUUCGAUGUACAGUCAGCACUACUCUGCCUUUGGUUGUUGUGGACAUCCAUUGUUUUGUUUGAAUGUUUCUGUUGUUUAGUCGACUCUUCUUUAUGCAUCUGUAUGUUUUUACUGUAAAUAGGUCCUCGGACAACAGGUCAUGUAUAGAAGGUUCAAUGGCUCCCAUGUACAUGCCAAUCAAAUGCAAAAUAAUCAAUACAAUACAUACCAGAAAACA